AUGGCUUCCUUGCUAAACGAGAUUCCUCGAGAGUCCCUUCAAAAUUUACUUUCCUCCGUAAGGGUAUACGCUCCACCUCACAUCUCAGCGCCUGCACCGCUGCUUUCAUCCCUCAGCCGCGGAAAUGUUAUAGAGGUUCAGGGUCCUGCUUCAUCAGGGAAAACCCAUCUCUUGUAUCAUUUCGUACUGCUCUGCAUUGCUCCGUCAAGGCAAAUGUCCAUCGACUUUGGGGGGAAUGGAUUGGCUGCAGUCAUCUAUGACACAGAUGCAUCGUUUGAUGUCGCAAGACUCCAUCAGUUGCUAUUGGCCCGUUUGUCGCUUUUUCUCCCUUACAACAUCGAGAUGGCACGACGUUUAACUGAGGAAUCGCUGCAACGUCUACAUGUCUUUCGGCCAACUUCGCUCCUCCAACUCGCCACCAGUCUUUUACAUCUUCCAUCGUAUCACAAGAUCUCCAUACCAGAACACGAAAUAGGCCUUCUUGCCGUGGAUUCAAUGAGCUCAUUUUAUUGGACCGACCGUUUCAUCGCGGAGCAGAUGCGCAACGUGACCCAAAGGGAACCAGAGCCUUCAUCAGUGAACCCACUCCAGCAUGUGCUCACGGCACUUGGUCGACUUCGCUUGUCUCAUGCCCCUUUCAUCAUAUUGACCAAUUGGGGUCUGAAUCUCACCUCGCAAUCCAGUGGACCGGUGACGUUCUACAAGCAGCACUUACAUUCAUUCCCUGUUUACUCUGAAAACCUUGACACGAGCGCUCUGCCCAGUUCGAUGACGGGCGAUCUUCCACCAACGCCCAUGCCGCUUCCCCUUACGCACCACGUCACCUUAUUCCCGGUAUCAAUACCUCCUUUUGCCCCAGAGAUUUCCCUGGGUGAUGCCAUCCAACAGGAAGUAGAUUAUCGUAGAAGUAUGGUACAAAAGGGGGAAAUUACGGGUCUUGUCAGGACUACGGGAAGGGAUGAGAUUACCCGUUUGACUCUUUGCAUCACACCCGAAAACGUUCAUAUCAGACACUCAUGA